AUGCGGGCGCUGCUGCCGGCCUGGCGCUUGCCGGUUCCGGCUCGGGCUCCGGAGCCGCCCUGUGGCUUGUGCUGCGCUUCCCGGAGGAGGCUGGCGCACCAGUGGUGGGGACGGGCCUCCAGCCCCGGCCGAGGGGAUGGCGCGGCGGUCCGGCCCCGAGCCCGGGAGCGGCCCCCCUGGAGGGUGCUCUUCUUCGGCACCGACGACUUUGCCCGCGAGGUGCUGCGGGCGCUGAGCGCGGCCAGGGAAAAUAAAAGGGACCAGAUAGUAGAAAAUUUAGAGGUGGUCACAGUGCCUUCCCCUUCACCAAAAGGACUGCCAGUGAAAAGUUAUGCCCUUCAGGCUCAGCUUCCAGUAUAUGAAUGGCCUGAUGUGGGAUCUGGGGACUUCGAUGUUGGAGUGGUGGCUUCAUUUGGUCGUCUUUUGAGUGAAGAACUCAUUCUUAAAUUUCCAUAUGGCAUAUUGAAUGUCCAUCCCAGUUAUCUCCCGAGAUGGCGAGGUCCUGCCCCUGUUGUCCAUACGGUGCUUCAUGGAGACGCAGUUACUGGGGUAACAAUUAUGCAAAUCAAACCUAAAAGGUUCGAUGUAGGUCCAAUUAUUAAACAAGAAACAAUUCCUGUACCACCGCAGUGCACAGCGAAGGAAUUGGAAACAGUGUUAUCAAGGUUGGGUGCCAACAUGCUUAUUUCAGUUUUGAGAAACUUACCUGAAAGCUUAAAAAAUGAAAGGCAGCAACCAGCUGAAGGAGUAACAUAUGCUCCCAAGAUCUCUGUUGCUUUGAGUUGUGUAAAAUGGGAGGAACAAACACCAGAGGAAAUAUUACGGCUUCAGCGUGCCAUUGGCAGCAUGAUUCCAUUGCAGACACUUUGGAUGGGUAGCACCAUUAAACUUCUGGAUUUGGUGGAAGCUCAUAGACCAGACCUUGCUGAUCAGAAAUUAAUGGGACAAUCUGUUCUUCCAGGAACAAUAAUAUACCACAAACAGUCACAAACACUCUUGGUUUGUUGCAAGGGUGGCUGGAUUGGCAUACGGUCAGUUAUAUUCAAGAAAAAACUUACAGCUGCUGAUUUCUACAAUGGUUAUUUGCACCUUUGGUUCCAGCAGAAUUCCCAAACCCAGCUAAAGGAGUGUAGAUUUCAAACUCUCAACCUUACAAAAAAGAAACAUAGGAAAGAAUCUAAAUUGUUGCUGUGCAACAGUGCAUUGAGUAUUUAGGGAAAAGAUGGACAAAAAUCUAAUAUCUUUAAUUUAAGAAAUCUCAUUUAUUAGGAAUUACCACUUCAUUUGCUGAUGGCAACACUAUUCAGGGAAGAAAAGAUUAUUUGCUACUUCAGAUUUUAAAAUAGUCAGCAGCUUCCUCUUUACGAAAUGACCUUGUCUACUUUAAUGACUAAGGUAAUUUAUUAAUAAACACAUUUUUGUUUUA